GUUGCUUCCCCAGAGGACACGCCUUCCUCCAGUUCAGCUUCAGCCUCAACCGCAGUGCCAGCCCCCAGGUUUCCUCAGAAGCCCUCCUGCGAGGCCACGAACAUGAGACGGCUCUGCCUCUCCGUCGCCCUUCUCGUCCUCCUGGGCACCCUGGUGGCCUGCACCCCGGGGGGUGAACACAAGAGCCAUGCCAGAGGUUCUCAGCCUGCCUUCUGCCUGGAGCCUCAUUACACGGGUCCCUGCAAGGCCCGGAAGAUCAGGUACUUCUACAACGCCAAGUCCGGGCAGUGCGAGAUCUUUAUAUAUGGCGGCUGCCGAGGGAAGAAGAACAACUUCCUGACAGCAAAGGAUUGCAUGAAGGCCUGCGGUGGAGAACAAGUCUUCCCUUUAUCCCUAGCACUUAGCACAGGGCCUGGCACGAAGGAGACAGUCCAUAAUUACUUGAGGAAGGAAAGAAUGAAUGCAGAUGCACAUUCCUCACAGAGGGAGGUGGGGAAGGAGGAGUGGACAAGGGUCCAGCUGCAGCUGGUCGAGCUGCACCCGGUCAGGAAGCAGCUUAGGUUCCUGGUUCCCACUGGGGCCAGGGUGACACCUGAUCCCCGGGGACUGGGAAAUGGCAAAGGUGGCAGCCGGCCCGCCUGCCUUGUCCGCUGA